GGUCGCUGGCCGACAACGUCGGUAGCGAGAGCGUGGUGGCACCGUACGUGCCGUCAGGCUCAUCCGAGGACCCCCUGCGGUUCCACCUUCGGUGCGGCGCCCUGGUUCACCUGUCCAACGGCAACCGGACCGCGGAGAGGAGGAAGCCCGCCGACGAGUUCAACAACGGCGUGGUCAUGACGCAUCGAGCUCUUAGGGACGACGAGUGGUUCGAGAUACGCAUCGAUGAGCUCGUCAACAAGUGGUCGGGGUCUAUCGAACUUGGCGUGACAACGCACAAUCCUGACACGCUGGACUUUCCUGCAACAAUGACUAACAUGCGUUCAGGAACCAUCAUGAUGAGCGGAUCAGGAAUCCUCACCAAUGGCAAAGGUAGCAGACGAGAGUAUGGCAACUACAACUUGGACGAGCUUCAUGAAGGCGACCGCAUAGGGGUGGUGCGCAAGUCCAACGGCAACCUGCACUACUACAUCAACGGCAUGGACCAGGGCAUGGCUUCCAACAGCGUGCCCCAGGUGGUGUACGGGGUGGUCGACCUGUACGGCAUGACGGUCAAGGUCACGCUGCUGGACCGCUCGGACCCCUCGCUCUCCCUGGUCACCUCGCCCAGCGACGAGAGCAAAGCCAUCAAGGACGACACAAACGACCGGGAGACUGAGAGGCUACUCUUCCACCCACGUUGCGGAGGGAGGGCCCUCGUGACCAAUGGAGGUCGCACGGCACGGAGACCCAGUGCCCUGGACGGCUUCAACAAUGCUGUGGUGCUGACGAACCGGGCCCUGCGGGCGGACGAGCUGUUCGAGGUGGUUCUGGAGCAGCAGGUGUCCAAGUGGACGGGCUCCAUCGACAUUGGGGUGACCAUGUUCCCCCCACACCUGCUCGAGUUCCCCACCACCAUGACCAACGUGCGGUCGGGCACCUGGAUCAUGACCGGCUGCGGGGUCAUGCACAACGGCACCGAGGUGCUCGUCGACUACUGCCGCAACCUGGACACCUUGCAGGUGGGAGACCGGGUGGGGGUGAAGCGGACGUCGGACGGGAGCCUGCACUUCUUCAUCAACGGGGCGGACCAGGGGGUGGCCGCCAGGAACGUGCCGGCCAGGGUCUACGGGGUCAUCGACCUGUACGGCCAGACGGCCCAGGCCUCCGUCGUGGACCACUCAGGUUCGGAAGAGAGCGGCGCCCCUCCGGAGCUGCUCUCUGCGGUGCCCUCCCCGUCCCUGGGUGAGGGAGACCAGGUGGCGGCGGAGGUGCGCUUCAGCGAGCUGCACGGCCGCAAUGCACGGGUGCUCAACAAUGGCCUGACAGCGGUGCGUCCCAACGCCCACGGGGAGUUCAACUUCGCCAUCGUGGUGAGCAGCCAGCCCCUGGCCGACAACGAGCUCUUUGAGGUGGUCGUCGACCAGAUGGUGGACCGCUGGUCGGGCUCCAUUGAGGCCGGUGUUACCGCCAUCAGGCCCGAAGAUUUGGAGUUCCCAAGCACAAUGACUGACAUCAGCCACGACACUUGGAUGCUCAGUGGGUCUGCCAUCAUGCGCAACGGGAAUACGGUGCGCAACGGCUACAAGUGCGACCUGGACCAGCUGGGCGUGGGCAGCCGGGUGGGCAUGAUGCGGGACUCCGAGGGAUGCCUACGCUACUUCGUGAACGGGGAGGACCAGGGUGUCGCCUGCAGGAACCUGCCCCCACGGGUAUGGGCGGUGGUGGACCUGUACGGCCAGUGCGCCCAGGUGUCUAUCGUGCCCCAGCACCGCAUCAUGCCGGCGCUGCCGCCACCCGUAAAGUUGGCAUCGACUGCCAGCCCGGACGCCGUCCGAGCAAGCGUCACGCCCGCCCACAGCCUCUCGGUGAACCACCAGUUCAAUGGAUGCUGUGGCAAGAAUGUGGUUCUGAGGAACGGCAACAAGGUUGCCUGCCGCACGGUGGGCUUCAACAAUGCCCUGGUGUUCAGCGCGGCCCCUCUGGAGCUGGAAGAACUCUUUGAGGUACAGGUGGAGCAGGUGAGCAACGUGUGGGCGGGCACGCUGGUGCUGGGGCUGACCACGCUGGCCCCCGAGGCGGGGCUCCCCCUGCCCUCGAGCGCCCUGUGCAUGCCCGGCCACCACUCCUGGCUCCUGGUGGGCUCCAGGGUCUUCCUGGACGGCACCCUGCUCAGGGACAACUACGGGCCUUCCCUGCAUCGGCUGGCGGCAGGGGAAAGGAUUGGAGUUCAGCACUGCUUCGAUGGGACGCUGCACAUUCACCUGAACGGAGAGGACCUCGGGCCAGCCGCUUCCAACCUCCCUAAGACGCUGUAUGCUGUCUUGGACCUGUAUGGCAUGCUGGAGUCGGUGUCCCUGUGCAGCAGCAGCAUUGUUCCCGCCACUCACUCGGCCGCCACCAACUACUACGAUGCCACAGAGCUGAGCCAGUGCAGUCCCAGGAAGGAGCGGGUGAGCCUGGAGCUGCAUGAGAACCAUGGGCGCAACGUGCGGCUGCGGGGAGGAAACCUGGUGGCCUGCCGGGUGGCGGGCUACGGCCACGGCCUGCUGGUGUCCAGCAAGCCCCUGCCCAGGGGACAACUCUUUCGGGUGCGGAUCGACCGGCUGAACAGCAAGUGGUGCUCCUCCCUGCUGGUGGGCGUGGUCGGGGAGAACCCGGAGAAGCUGCACUUUCCGCUCAGCGCCCUGGGGCUCCGCAAGCUCAGCUGGGUUGUCUGCGGAGACUCCGUCUACCACAACGGCGUCAAGGUGAAGGGUGGCUAUGGGCCCAACCUGGACAACCUGCAGCAGUGGCAUACAGUGGGUGUCCAGGUGGACCUGGAGGGGUGCCUGCACAUGCACGUCAACGGGGUGGACCAGGGGGUGGCUGCUAGGGACCUGCCUCCGGUGUGCUACGCCCUCGUGGACCUCUACGGGCAGUGCGAGCAGGUGACCGUCAUCGAGUCUCACGACCAGGACAGCGAGCCCGGGGCCGAUUGCCGGGAAAAGGCGGACAUCGAGAACAGUGUGAAAGAGAAGCGGGGAAAGAACAUCCACAACGACCUUCACGCCAUAAAGAACUGCGAGUACCAAAACUCCUGCACAAGAUUUAAGGCCCUGCUCGGGAUCCCUGAGGGCUACUUCCUGCCGGACCUGAACGUCUGCUACUGCGAGACGUGCCACAAGAUCCGGGGCGACGAGCCGUACCUGAAGGUCGGUGAACCUCCCAGAGACUACGCCGUGCCUUUCGGCUGGUGCCAUUUCCCGCUCAGGCCACAGCCUCGGCCAGACAACAACUCCGUCCAGCAGAAGUGGCACAUGGCCUUCCACGGGGUGCCCCUUGGGGCCGUGCGGAAGACGCUGGACCGCGGCGAGCUGCUGCCACCCGACAAGGUGGCCUUGUGCCAGGUUCCCAAACCCAGGGGCAAGGCAGAGAACUUCGAAACUCGGACCGUGUGCCUGUCCCCCACCCUGCGGUAUGCAGGCAGCAGCGCAUUCUGCCCGAGGCACGAGUUCGUGGACCCCAAGAGCGGCCGACGGAUGCACGCCAGGGCCGCCUUCCAAGUGCUAGUGCAGCCAGGCUCCUACACAACCCACCCCGCAAGCGCCGCCGCGACGGGCGCCGUCGCCGGGCGCGAGCUGGUUGACGUCCACUUCGGCGCGUCGGAGCUGGAGUGGCGCACCAAGGAGAUUGGCGCCACCGUCCUGCACGCCCUGCUGGUGCGGCUGGAGGCCCCCUCCUGAUGAACGGCCCCCAGCCUUCGCGCAUCGUCAACAUUUGCGACGUUCCCAGGCACCUCCCCCUCGUCCCUUCUACGAGUUUUUAUUUUGCUCUCGUUCAUCCGUACAAAUGCUUCGAUUUAGUUUAACGCCUACCAAACGCCACAGUGGUGCUCGGUACGGGUGCCAAGAGUCGCUACGCGUGGGGCGAGCUGCCAAAAUCGUCCGACGCCGCACGUGUUAGAAUACCGAUUCUCUUCAACUGCUUCCUGCGCGUCUUUUCACCUUAAGGACGUCCUCGUUUCACGUCAUGUAUUACCACCUUUUCUUUCUUUCAUUUCCUCCGCAUGGCAUUGCCGUCUCUUCUCACUUUACCUUUUCCCGCAAAACUUUUUGGGGUUUUGCAUAUUUUUUGUUGGGCAGUUAUCAGUUGCCUGGAAUACAUUUCUGUACCAAUUAUUUUUGGUAGCAGUGACAGGACUUGUUUGUUGUGGUGCUUUUUUUUUUCAUCCGGUCCAGUUGUGGGCAAGCCACCUGGUUCUUUAAAUCAUCUCCUUUUCAUUACUGAUGCGUUCUUCUUUGACUCUCGAUAAGCCUGUCUGGCUCAAUUGCAUAGCACUUGAGUCCGACACCUUGCUUCGACAGUUAAGACUGGUGCAGGCAUUUUGCUCCGAUUGUAAACGCAGCUGCUGAAGUGACAGCAAUGACGAGUCGGCGGGAUGACCGUGCGCUUCACAUCGUCUGGCCAUUGAUGCAACGACGUGACAUGCUCUCGCAAGUCGAAAGGACAACCACUCGUAGUAUCGUUCCGCAUCGGUGAUCGGUCGAUCGCAAGCAACGCAACUCACCCGUCUUCUCCUCGAGGUGGUCACGAUCCGGCCUCUGAAGCACAGUUGUGCCAGUGACUGCCGUUUCAUUUAGUGCGAAUGCAAUGAAGUGUCCGAGAUAGCCCGUGGAAACUUUGUUGUCAAUGCCGCUCCUGAAGGCGGUGGAAAGUUUCAGUCAAAAGGCCUUCGUGUGUCUAUUGAGCUGUUCAUUGUGAUUGAGUGUAAGUCCCUCCACUAGGAAGCUGAAGCUAUAAACGCAGUUACAGAGCGGGAGUGGAAAGUUGCUCGCCUAGACGUGUAAUCCAAUAGACAGGCCUGUACCAUCACGGAUGGCUACAACAGCCCCUUGGUGUACCUGCCGUCUGGAGCCGAGGAUGACUACAUCGAGUGUUGCAGUCCUUAUUGUUUGGGAGGGGUCGUGCGAAUAUUUUUUCUGCUGUAAAUAAUUGCUCUAAGUUUCCAACUGUGUGUGCGUGUAUAGUGACAUUUGCGUGUUAUACCUAGCUAAUGCUUCUUGCCUAUAAUUCAGGAACAAACUUUACCUCACUUUUUUGUUUCGAGGGUUGUAAAAAUUUGCUGUUUUAUGCAUCAACUUUUUUGUUGGCUCUUUGACCAAAGCUUUUUCUUUUUUCACAGUGUUUGUUGUCGGUUUAAGUUUGAUACAAUUUUGAGACACGCCGAUGACGGCACGGCACCUGGCUAAGUUGUCACGGAAAUUCUUUUACAAAAAUCUUCCAGUUCAGAUGGCUGUGUCAGUCCUACUGCUCAGUUGGUUUCUCAGGUGGACUGUGGUAAAGACUGCCACUUUGAACUAAUAAGAAUGCUUUUUUCGAGUCAAACAAAGGUUUGUCAGGUGAGCAAGCCUUCUGUGGACGUCUUCGUGUAGUAUAAAUGUACAUAUGCAAAUAUGUUUGGAACGCAGCAGUGCUGUCUGUAGAAUUGAUUUUUGCUUCAUUUUUUAAGGUCUGAAAUGUGAUUACUGCGCAUAUUGUUUGGUAAUACAGGCCGAUACGCUCGUUGUGAUAUAUUUAGAAGGGGAAGUUGCGUAUGCCAACUCAUUCCCCUCUGAAAGUGUGCAAUUCUUCGUUCGGAUAUUCAUUCCUUCAUCGCUCACUUUUAUUAAAUGCAGUCUCGUCUUUUUUAAAUGAAACAUAUCACCAAAAACUUGGCCUAACCUUUUUUUUUUUCUUUUUUUCCGCCGCGAUGAGUGCAAGUUUUGCAAUCAUCGCUCUGUCUGAGCGCGGCACGAUCUGACAGAGAAAAGGUGGGCAUAAGGAAAAAGAAGUUUCUUAAAGUGUUCAGGCCACGGCCUAUGCCCUAGAAAGCCUUGAAGGCUUUCUGUGAAGCUUCCGGAAAAGCUACAUCGAGCCGAAAUCAACGGAAGUGCACGAGAACAGUCGUAUUGAUUAACAUAAAGGUCACAUUGUGUAGCAUUGUGUAGAGGGAAAGUUUCCACGACGCUUCCUUCACCUCCACUAGUCACCCCUCGGUCCUUGCUAAGGAACUGACGAAUGUCUGCGAGUAUGUGCUUCACGUGCAGUUACGAAGUUGAGGCAACAGUGUGAAUUUUAUGACCCUCAUUCUUAAUGUAUAGCAAUCCACUCUCUGGAGUGGUCCCGUGCUUUCGACAUGUUUGGGCUGGAAGAAAGGUGCCCAAUUUAGGUGAAAACAGUUCCAGCCAAUGCAGUGGAACAUUGCCAGCAGCUCGCAGCUUCAUAAUCUCUGAUGGCUUGCUCUUGAGGGCUUCUAGUCAGAGGCAUUGGAAGCUUUAUAGACCACGCACGUGCUGCAACCCUUCCGGCCUUAAGAUGGGCAAGGAUUGUCGUGCCUGGAAAGGGCAAGCUGGAACCAGAAAGGAAGAUACCUUCCCUCUCUUCCACGAAGUUUUAGCUUUGGGCCCCACUGCAUUUGGCUGACGAGGGCAGGGGGAGCGUGGGACAGGGAAACCGGGGAAAGGCUUGUUCAGGUGGGCUAAAAACGAUUUGGUACAUCGGCUCUGAGGCGCGCAUGCUCGCGUUACUGGUAACAAGGUGCAAUCUCGCAGUCGCAGCACGUACCUGCAUGGAGAAGACAGGCGUGUUCGUGUCACCUAAAACGGCUGGCACCUAUUUCGAGAAGGUGACUCGCUAAUUUAUCCGUUUUUGAAGCGUGUCAGAAGAGCUAAGACGAAGCAGUCCUGCUAACAAGCUUCCGACAUUUGUUUUUGGACAAAAUAUGGUAUUCGUAGCUAGACGAUAAAAAGUGGCACGGCUGCUGUUCAGACCAAAUGGUACGCAGAAAAAAAAAUGUCACCAAGAAAUUAACAUUGAAAUAAAGUUUAAGCCAUUGUUCUUUUUUCUCAAACGAAGUGCCUGAAACAGUUUAAAUUCGGGCAUAUAUUGAAGAUUGAAAACUUUUUGGGUGAGAAACGUUUGAAGACACAAAAAUCUUGAAAUUCAAAAUAGUUUUGUGUAGGAGAAGCAGUCACUUUGUUAAUUUUCUAAAUUGGUAAGAAGAAAAUUUUAUAAAAUGGCAAACCCCUCUUUCAAAAUAGCUGUAUAAAACUCUAAAGACUAACGAGCAAUAAUGAAUUGCUGCUGCCUACUCGGACUAGGUAUUCAAGAGCACGGAAAAGAGAGGAGGUUACGAGACCUGUGAUUCCACUGUAACUUUGUAAUAUAUGCUUUCAUAAUGGGUAUGACUAUUCAUAUACUUGAGUUUAUUUGCCACCAUUUUUUUUUUUGUAAAAAAACUGGUUGUAUUUGUAAAAAUUUGUUGAAUGUUUGCAGUUGUAUAGAUGAUGCCCAUGUUGUUUGAAAUGUGGUUAAGCUUGUUGAGGCAUCUAAAAGAGCUUUCAGUGCAAAUGUCUUGACUUGAGGUGUGUAGUGGUUUUUGUGAACAUUAUGACAAUUAAAAAUUGACAAUGAAAACAU